GUCCAUGAGGGUUGCUAGCGCAUAAGGACAUCAGGUAACAACCUUGCCUAAGGUGCACAUAUGAUAGAUUGUUUUACAUAGAUAUGUAAGUAGAGCACCACCAAAUUAUCAAUGGAUGCACCUGGCUAGCCUUGAAGAUGUGAUAGGACCAGCCCCUCGCUCCUGGCCCACUCCACCGUAGAGUGCGCGCCGCUGUUCGCAUGUUUCUCGUCGUUCGUACAUGAUCAAUCGAGAGUGGAGGUUUGAAACAUUCAUUCUUUGAACGUGCCGAAUGUAUGUGACAUUUCUUUUCUUUAUGUACAUAAGUUUUGCGGGCCACCUCCAACCGUCGGUGGUGUGUCUUCGGGAAAUAAAGGUAUUGACUGAAUUUUCGUUGACACUCUGGGUGCUGGCCCGGCUUAUUUAUGAAAUUGGCCAGAGAGAUCUGACCUUGUCACCUACCUGCCUGCCUCCUAUACACAGGUGGAUAUCCCCAUCCCUAGCUCUCUUCUUCCGCACCUUGGUCGCAACGUGGAUAAGUUGUUUCCCACCAACCCGGCAGUAUUGUUACUCUCGGAAGAACCAAGCAGACAGAGGGGGUAACAAAAAUAAGGCCAGCGUAAACCCAGCGUCAGCAGUCUAGCCCACAUCUCUGGCU